AUGGCGGACAAUGAGAAUUCUGUUCCGCCUGAGCAAAUAGAAUUUUUGAAGUGGUUGGAAGAUAACAGGUUUUCCCAGUUUCGUGAAAAUUUCUGUAGGAACAAAAUCAACACACUGCAGAGGCUUUGCUUACUGAAAUCUGAGGAGCAGCUUGCUCGAAUUGGGAUUGACAGCUUUGGUGACCAACUCGAUUUACUAGAUUGUAUUUCCAAACUGAGAGCGUUACAAAAUGCUACGGAAGCAGUAGGACAGGGCUGCCAAAAUCAAACCCAGCAAAACAAAAGCAAUCUACCCUCAACUUUGGUCAGACUUCCAAACCGAAAACAACACCGGACACAAAGGUGAGAAAACCCUAUGACGAGUACAUGUACAGGAAUCCAAAGUGGCCAAAAACAAAGUUUUUUAACGAAAUCACUCCAAAACUUUAUGACAAUUACGGAAAAUUUUUGUCUGCACAUCAACAGGCUAGCUAUAUAAGAAAAGAACGAGAAGCCAGGUGGCAACGACUACAAACUUUCGAGAAGUUUUCAGGCAAGUUUAAUGCUAUGUUCAAUUCUGAAUACUCAGGUGGUUAUUUCAAUUUUCUUGACAAACCAGCUAUUCCUCGUCUGACCCAUGUAGAUCACUGUGAAAAGGGAAUUUGUAAUACAAAACGUUUGAAAGAUGAAAUUGAAAAGGAAAUAACAGAGAGCAAAGGCUUACUUGGCAACUGUUUUGGUUCUGAUAUGAAGGCCAAAAAAAAUAUGGACGAACAAAUUUCCAAUUAUCAAAGCCAUUUGCAGAACCUCAGGUUGCUAGAUGAGAAAGUGGGAGUGAAUUUGCAAAAACUGGAGGCCACUUUGGCACAUUUGAGGAAAGUCUUUGUGCUUACAGUGCAAAGUAGGUCGAAAUCAACUAACAGUAGAAAGAAAAAGGAGGGCAAACACAAGGCCAGAGUUGCAAAACACAAAAGAGCAGUGAAAAGUGCCAAACAAAUUCGACAACAUGUGAAAAUAUCUGAUUCUUUGCAGUGGACCAAUAAUGAUAUCAACAGUAUCGAAUUGAAUAAAUUAAAAAUAAAACAUCACUUGCAUGGACUGAAAUACAUUUUAGAAAAUGAUGAUUUGGAUCAAGGGGCAAGAAAUGUUUUGAGACAAAAACUAGAGGAGUGGCUCUGUGACUAUACUGGGGCUGUCAUCUCUGAUGAUGAUGAUGAUGAUGAUGAUGAUGAUGAUGAUGAUGAUGAUGAUGAUGAUGAUGAUGAUGAUGAUGAUGAUGAUGAUGAUGAUGAUGAUGACGAUGACGAUGACGAUGAUGACGAUGACGAUGACGAUGACCAAAGUAAAAUAUAUUGUUCCACUUCGUUGCUAUGCAAAUGUAGAUACUUCCAAACGCUUAAAAAUCACAGACGAUUUACGAAACGGCUGUUUUUUAAAGUAUAUUAAAUCAUCAUUUUGAAAAUGCCACCCCGACCUCGCAAGCAAUUGGACUCGAAAAGGAUCGAGGAUUCACUUCGAGCAAACAUUUUGCCAUUGGUAAGUUUAUUGAGCAAACUUAAUUCAUUGUAGUGGCCCUGUGGUCAAUAAUAGCAUGUUAUGCAGCUGAAUUCACGGCAAUUCAUGGAGUCAAUUUAUUAAAUUCGUCUAGAUCACCGAACAGUUGGAAGCGGUAGCAUGCCGUGCUGUUUGGAGAGUUCGUGAAACAGACAUUGACAUCGCAAGAAAUCAGAUCGCUUCAAAGCGACUUCGCCUUGACCAAGUGGUUUCUUCAAUGAACGGCGUUCAAUUCUUUUUUUCCUGCGUUACAAGUGUCAUGUGCAACGCAAAAUCCGCGAAAGACGACGACAACGAAACAAGUUACACGCCUGAAAGCUACCCAGCGAUUGCCUACUUCGUCGUGUACAAGGAAUGCGCAACUUGCAACGAGAAGAUCUUGUUUUCCACCAUUCACAACGAAGAAUUAGAUGCAGAGGUAUCGCGAAUUCGAGUGCGAAAAUCAUCCGAUAGCAAUAAUGAAAUGGAAAAAGCUGCAAAACAGUUAUUCCAAGUGGUCAAGGAUCACAGCAACAACACCAUCCAGGAGAUGCUCCAAAUAUCAAACGCGUAUUGCUACAAGAAUUCCGAGGGAACGCCGUCAGAUGAUGAUGAAGAGGAUGAUCAACCCGAGUUUGUUUCAACUCAUUUCCCCAAUGUCCCCUGCUGUAUAAUCGUCGUAAACGAAAGCGAGUUUCGGGAUCGUGUGGCUACAGCAGUUACAAAGCUGGAAUCAGACGGACUUGUUGUUGAUCUCGGUAAUGCAUGCGUUGUAAAGUUGGACAAUCCACCGUUCUCAUCCAACAACGAUGUCGCCGCCUUGAUAAACAACAUCGAUAAAUGCAUGAAGUUAUGCGACCACGCCUUAUAUCGUUCAGAAAUUUACACCAAACCAGAGGGUUCAAAUUUAACGUUUGUAAAAAUGAUGGAUGUAACUAGUUACUUGCAUAAACUUCUGGCUAACGAAGUGUUGCGUGACAAGCUGAUUCAGCAUUUUCAAGCGGUCGAUAGACUUCUGUCUCAUCCAGCAUGCGCAAUAAUUCAGCAGAUCAAAUUUGACGUGGAUCUCAUUGAAGUAUCAAACGGGUACUGUUUCUCGAUCAAAGCCCGAAAGUUCAUCGUCUGUCCUAUCCCGGAAUCCAUGCGUGGAAAACUGUCGCCAAGAUCUUUUGUUCCAUAUGACAGUUCCAAACCGCCGAAGCCUGGGUAUUUUCGAGAAGGCAUUGUCAACUCCUUUCCCGACGACGACGUGCGAGUACGGUUCCUGAAUAAACUCUAUCAGUGCCUGCUCGCGUUCAGCAUGCCUCACAAGGUGAGGAAAUUGGUAGUGGUUGGCCCCAAAGAUUCGGGCAAAACAUCUUGGUCCAACAUAUUCCAUCGUGUUAUUCCCGCCAGCUACAUUGCGUCGCUCACAAACGAGAGACAAUUUUCUGCCGCUAUGAUUAACAACGAAACUCAGCUGGUCCUCGUGGACGAGUGGUCGGCGAGCACGAUGCAAUCCGACCUUGCCAAAUGCAUCCUUCAAGGCGGAUGGAUGGUCUCUGCGGUAAAGCACGGCCUACCAAAGACGGUAUUAAAUAAUAGCCCCUUCUACACCACCACAAAUAACCUCCCGAAUUUUGGUAAAGAAGAAGACGAUAACGUGAAGCGCAGAAUUGAGAUAUUCACAACAACGUCAUUGCCUCAAACUCUACCGGGAAUCGACAAGUGGAUUUAUGACCACGCGAUGGAUUGCAUUGCGUGGAUAGCGGAAGAAAUCAACGCGAACCGCGAGCACAUCGAUCGACAUGAGCUCUGGUACGAGCCAAAUCACUCUGGACCGUUGACGAUUGCUGCAAACGAGGGGGAAAGUCUGUUCAGUGACGAACACGUGCGACGCAUAUCCAAUGCUGAUUUGCGCGAGGAGGACGCUCCUAUCGUUGAGGAAUUGUCGCAAACAAUCCACGACGGUUUUGCGGUGGAGUUACGUUCGCGACGUCUCGCGCGGAAGAGAAGGGCCGCUCGUGGGGAGUUAAACAGCGACGACGAUAGCACAAGUGAAGAAAUACAAGAACAUAACAACUCCUCCUCCGAUGAUGAUGAGAAACGUAGGGACGACAUAGAAGGAUGCCGGUUGACUGAAGACAACGUUGUCAAAGAGAGCCCUCAAACGAAGUCGACAACAUUAGCAGAAAGUAGAGACGGAGAGACAACUCACAACGAACGCAGCAAGACGACUACGGUGUCAGUGGAACAACCGUUGAAUGACGACCAACUAUCGAAUGACGAGGAAACAAUGGACAGUGGAACAGAGAGAACUGACAACGCACGUACCAACACAGAAGCAAGUGCGGUAACAGUGGAACAACUGUUACCGGUAAAACUCCCACAACCAACAAACGAAGCAUCGCCUGAUGAGGAAGUUAUAGACAGCCAGACUAUUCGUACCUAUUCACCUCCAGCAGGAUGGGUAUUGAACGACAAAACGUAUAUGUCCAAAGUCGCAUGCUUUAUUAGAUAUGGCUUUAUGAAAAUGAAAAAAGGCGAACUCUACUCGUUUAAUGAACGAAGAGACAAGGCCAAAUUAAAGCGCACAAAAAAGAACGUGAUUUUUGGACUAUUGCGGACCCAAACAUUGAUGCCUGGAUGCUCGUAA